AUGAAUACAGUAGUUCUGGACGAUUCCUGGCGUGCCCUAAAUAAGUUAAGGGCGCGCGUCGGCCGAUCCGAUGUCAAUCUAUUUGCUGCUUUUAACACUCACGAUAAGGACAAGACAGGUUUAUGCAGCGAAGCUAUAUUUGCUCAUGCUUUGUCGUCGGAAUUAGAAACUGAAUUGACCGAUAGAGAAAUUGGAGAAUUGGCUGAUCUGUUCAGGAUCCAGGAUGGACGUAUCGAUUAUGGACAAAUGUGUGGCUUGGUACAUUCCCAUACGCCAGAAAUUGUUGGAAAACCAACACCAGUUUUGAAACCGGUAGCUGAUUGGACAACCGAGACAGAACCCAACCGCUUGAGCCAAGCGGAAGAGAAACAUGUUUUGUUACUUCUUAACAAGUUUGCUGCUGAAUUAAGAAGUCGCGAAACUAUCCAACGUCCCUAUUUCCAAGAUUACGAGCUCGCCUUCAAGCCUGAUUCCAGGUGCACUCUUGCUCAUUUUGCUAGAGCUAUAGCAUCUCGAGGUUUCAAGAUCUCGUCUAAGGAAUUUUCAUUGCUGGCCAGGAGAUAUGCCUGUGGUCCACAGUCUGUCAGUUAUGCAGCCUUUUCGAAGGCUUUGGAUGACGCCAUGAGAGACAUGGAUGCCAAAGGCAACUACCUUCUGGGCGGAGAAGUCGUUGAAAAGUUUCCUGGAAAAUUAGAUGACAUAAAUCUGCCAGUGUUCCCGCGUGUCCAAACCGAUCACACCAAAGCCUACUCAGUGUUCAUGUGUGAUCCCAAGAAAGUGUUUCACGAAUCGCUGAAUGCUGAUCGGGUUCACAAAUUAGUAUUAGCAGCCAUCAAAAAAUUACAACGGCACGUCAAGUUAAACAAUUUAAGAGUCUGCUCGUAUUUUUAUCCAGAAGCAGAUCCCAUGAAAAGAGGAAAUUGCAAUCAGUCUCAUUUUCGACGAGCCUUGGAACGAAUGCUGUGUGGUCCAGAAGUUAAGCAACGAUGUUACGUAAGUCCCCAAGAAAUGGAUCACAUCAUAAUGCAAUAUAGAGAUCCAACUGAUGAAUUUAGAGUGUGCUGGGAUGUUUUCACUGAUGAUUUGAAUAAAGUUUUUGAAGAAGACAAUGCACAUGAAAAACCAAAAAUGUUUCCUUCUAAUGAAGUUUUAACUGAGGCACCACCUGAGAAAGUAGUUCCGCCUUGGCAACUACCUGAACCAGUUCCAGUUCCAGGUUGGCUGCAAGUGGUAAAACGUGUACUGACUGUCGCAAGAAGAAGAAAUUUGACUUUUGAUCAAGUUAAGCGUCCUUUCAAUCAUUAUGAUGACAGAGACAAUCCUGAUGGCGCAAUCGGUCAUGUAAGCAGGGACCAAAUGAGACAAUGCUUUUUGGAUCUUGGUAUACUGCUAUCAGCUUUAGAACUAUCAAGUUUAGAAGAUCACUAUAAUGAUUCUAUAUCAUUUAAUUAUUUCUCUUUAAUAAAUGAUCUGAUGAACGAAGCGCAUCGUGAAGAAGCCUAUCAAAGGGCUAUUGAAAUUAGCCAACGGACAUCGACAAAUUUCUACAAAGAAGAACAAAUGAAACGAGCUCAAAGUGAAAAAGACAGAGAAAAUGAUGUAAUCUCAGUUAUGGCUAAAAUAAAAUUCAAAAGCGUAAAUGAUAAUAAACCGAUAACACAAAAGUUGAGACAAUUUGCGAAAAAUUCGACAAGAAGUAAAAUGACUGAAGAAGAAUUUUACACUGUUAUUCAGUCUUGUAAAUUUUCUUUGAAUCCAUAUGAGAUGUCGACGCUCUUGAAGGCUUUUGCUUAUCCUGAUUGCAGCAAAACUGUGGAUUAUGAAAAAUUUUGUGCUCUUCUUGACGAAGCUGAAACAAGUAUUUGCACUGCUGAAACUUUUGCCCAGCAUCCUGUAGAUCAUGAAAAACAGUGGCUUAAUUUUGAACAAAGACAUAUAUUCUCUGUAGCAAUGCAAAAACUAGCCGACCAUAGGGGAGAUAUAAAUGCCCGUCUUAUUCGUUGUUUCCGAGCAUAUGACACCCACAAUUGCGGCAGUGUGAGCAGAAAUCACCUCACAAGAGUUUUGGCUAAUUGCGGUUUGUUGGGCGCUUUGGCGAAUCGAGAAAUUGAUGAGAUUGCAAGAUGUUUCAAAGCCAAGCCCAGACAGCCAGGUCUGACUCAUGCAAAUUGGUGUGUCGUGGAUACAUGUGCUGUGGAUUAUAUUUCCUUAUUAAGAGCUUUGGAAGUAUUACAUGCUACCAAAAAGUAUAACCCAUUCAAAAUGUGA